AUGGUUCUGGAUGUUAUCACCAACACCAUGGGGGCGGCCUCAUCACAACUUGUCAGAUUGUUCACCCUCACUGAGCACCUCGAGCGAUGGAUCAAGACUGUCGUGAGUUAUUGUAACGAGAUCAUUGGUCUCGUCCAGCGAAACACUCGCAUUUUGCUUUCAUUGCACGACAUCGUGAUGAGAUUGGAAUCCGCAAUGAGAACGCCCACCAUAAGCCUUCCGGUCUUAGAAUUCGAGAAUCCCUUUGGUAUCAAAAUGGCCCUUCCCUAUCAAAUGUGUGACACCUGGGAGGGUCUGUGCCGACUGCUCGUCGUGAUGUUCUACAACAAGCCUGGACGGCUCCUCGUCGAGCAACGACGGUUUGUCAUUGUGCAAUCACAGACAAAUAUGCCUAUCAAUCCACAGAACUGGUCAACAUCUGUUGUUCCCGGGGAUUCACUAAACAUGUCUAUCCUAGUGGAACGUCUUGGCAUCCAGUCUACUAGAUUUUCGUGCCUCAGAUGCGACCACGUGUUCGAGUCAAGAAAGUCUAGUCCUAGCCGCGGGUAUCAGUGCCCCAAAUGCCUCCUUUGGUCAGAUAUUGCAGAUGGGGCGCAAUUGGGCAUCUCGUCUGAUUCUAGUAGUUUGUCGGUUCCUCUCCCCCCUCCUGAACCCGUACAGUGGGACUCGUGGAAUGGGCUGUGGGAAUCAAGAUUCAGACAGCCACAGGCGCUGUCGCGAUUACGAAACUCUGGCAUGCCAUUUGACAGAAGUCCUGUUGGGAGCACCGACGACGAAGAAGUGGAUGUGUCCGCCUUUCGACGUGUUCACGUCAUUCCAUUCGAGGGUGAUCUUUUACGAUCAGUCGUCAGAAUCGGAGCUCGAUGUCGAGAUGUCAUCCUCAGGUAUGCGGCGAAUUUCGAACCCAACAACCCCCAGCUUCCUCCCGAAACAGUACUUGAAUUUAAAAAGCUCGUGCAGGAGUUGAAUGAGCUCAAGGCGACUGGUAUUUAUCCACUUGCCGAAUUGAAUGCACGUCAAGGGACAAAGAGUCACAAAGAAGUCCUAGACUACUGGAUUCAAAGAACUGCCCAGGUAUUGCAUCAUCCUAUCCAUGACCCAUUAUUCAAAGCUAGAGUAUCACGAGAUGAGAUAGAGGGGAUCGCGAAGUGGAUGGGCAGCCCUGCACCACUUGACCAACCCCCAACUCUAACGGAACUUGGGUCCGGCUCCUUUCGUGAUGAGUAUUGCAGAAACGAGCACCUGAAGCGGUUCCCCAACAGGCAAAAUCAAGCCAACUUUUCAUUGACUCAACAUAUCUUACAUGACGGCUCAAAAUGGACAUUAGACUCUAUUGGAUGGAAUGGAAUGUACGACACAGUGCGGGAUCUGGAGGAUGAAUGA